AUGGCGGCUUCAGUGACACCGAAACGUCCAGUGCGCAUAGGUGGAGCAUCGGGCGGCUUCACUGACCGAGUUGCCGGCAUCAGGCGCCUUGCUGCCGACCCCGAAGUCGACGCCGUUGUUGGGGAUUGGCUUUCGAGAACUACAUUCCUCCAAUGCUUCGAGCCAGCAAUUCCUGAAAUCGCCCGAAACGGCGCCAAGUUGGUUCUGAACGCUGGAGCAAGCGACACGGAACUUCUGGCCGAGGUCGUGAACGACAUGGUGCUGGGAGGCGGCUUCGAUAUGAAGGUCGCCUUGGUUGAGGGCGAUGGUGUGACCUUAGCCUUCAAGCGCCUGGUUGCUGAGGGGGUGACUUUUAGGAGUGUGACGGAUGAAAGGAUCUUGGACGAAUGGGGAUUUGACCCAAUAUGCGCAAAAGCAUACCUGGGAAGUUUGGGAAUCGCUAAAGCGCUACGGCAAGGGGCAGACAUUAUCAUUUGUGGCAGCUUGGUGGCACAACUGGAGAGUUUCAGAUUUAGACGAGCUGGCAGGAGCUCUGGUAGCUGGACACCUGAUCGAGUGCUCAGUUUUUGUCACUGGUGGCUACUACAGCCGCUUCAAAGACCUGAUGAAAGCGAAGAAGCAUCUGGAUCUGGGGUUCCCCAUAGCCGAGGUGUUCUCAGAUGGGACAUGCACCAUCACAAGGAGGAUAUAUCCAAUGGCAUCGUCAACGUCGAGACAGUGACCUCGCAGCUCGUCUACGAAAUCAAUGGGCCGCUCUACUUUAAUUCUGACGUUGUUUCUGUCCUUGAAGGCAUUACACUGGAGCAAAUUGGUAAGGAUCGAGUCCGUGUGUGUGGCGUCAAAGGCCUCCCUCCUCCCUCCCCCAACAACUCGGUGCGGAAUCACCGCUCACGGGGGUUACCCAGCUGA